AUGAUUGAGCCUUGGUAUGCAUGGCUAGGUGGUGCCCUGAUCACUGUAAUAUUAUUCGCGCGUCUCUUCCUGGCACUACAUUCUAUCAAAUCGCUUCACUUCUAUAAAAUCGACAGCCGAAAACCCCCGGUGCAUCCUUACUGGAUUCCGCUCGUCGGCCACUCAAUCCUAUUCACUCAGAACCCUGGCGCAUUUUUGGAUGGGCUCCAGCAACGAUAUGGCGACAAAUUCCCAGUGGAAAUCGUCUUGGGUCCUGUUCGAGCAUACUUCGUGGCUGGCUCCGAAGCGAUCAAUACGCUCCUCCGGUCACCCCGUAAUCUGACUCCCAAACCGUUCAUUGCCCUGGUGAUGGAAAACAUGUUCGGCACCCCAGCCAGCGCCAUGCCGAUGUACCGCCAGGACGAUUCCGGGAUUGCCUCGACACCUUUGCCUGGCGCGCACGUGGCCCUGGAGCACCGCAUCUACUACCAUCUGCACAGAUCUGCUCAUCGAUUUCUCGCGGGAGAUGCGCUCCGCCGCAUGACAGAGCGUUUUAUGCGCGUUCUCAGCGAGGAGCUUCACAACGACACAGCGAUUUGCCCAGACGACGAUUGGGUGGAACUACCAGAUCUUUACACCUUCUGGAAGAGUCGUGUCUUCCACGCCGCCAUGUAUGCUCUGUUCGGGCUCUAUCUCACCUUGCUUACACCGGGCUUUGAGCAAGACUUCUGGAGCUAUAUGGAUGUGAUCCCGAUGCUGGCGAUGGGGCUGCCGCGCUGGAUGAUCCCCGCAGCGUAUGCUGCGCGCGAUCGAGUUUUCACGGCCGUUAAGACCUGGCAUCGCUUUGCGCGCGCGCAUUCUGAUUAUCGUCGGAAUGGUUCGACCGACCCAGACUGGGAUAAAUACUGGGGCUCAGCCUGGCUCAAAGUUCGACAGCAAUUUGGGCAAGACAGUGGCUGUAUGGAUGAUGAUGCGUUGGCGGCGGAGGAUCUUACCUUGCUGACGGCGGCGAACGCCAAUGCCAUUCUCAGUGCGGUCUGGUAUCUUAUCCACAUCUACACCGACGCGGAUCUCCACCAGCGUCUCCAGUCGGAAUUCGACCGGGCGAUCCGUAGAUCCCCCUCCGCAGCCCAGCCAACCGAGUUCGACAUUACGGCUCUGGUCACUUCGCCACGUCUCCAAUCGAUCUACGCCGAGGUUUUGCGGAUGCGCAUUGCUAUGCUACUCAAUCGAACGCCAGUGCAAGCGCUGGUCAAAUUUGGUCCGUGGCACCUGCAACGUGGGAAGUUCAUAUUGAUGAGCUCGCAGCAUGCUGCCCACGACGACAAGGUUUGGGGCCCAAAGUACACGCAGGAUGGGAAAUAUCCACUGAGUCAGUUCUGGGCGGAGCGAUUUUUAGUGAAAGAUGACAUGGGGCGCGAUCAGUUCUCCCUCGACGGGUUGUCAGGUGGUUGGAUCCCUUACGGCGGCGGAAAUUUCAUGUGUCCCGGGCGGCACUUUGCCAAACAGGAGAUUCUGGGCAGUGUGGCCGUCUUCCAGGCUUACUAUGAGCUCGUGAUAGAUCGGCCUCGGGGUUGGCUGCCCCGCCCGGAUCGGCGAUUCUACGGAGUAGGCGCGAUGCCCCCGGCUGAGCCGAUCCCGUUUCGCAUUCGUCGCCGCAAAACCACCUAA